CCUUGUCACUCUUUUGACCAUUUGGUUUCAAUUUUCAUUUUUCAUUUUUCAUUUAUUUUUAUUUUUUUUGUUUUUGCAUUUCCUUUGUAUCUAUAUCAUGUACAUUUUGCUGGAUGAUUUUCAUAUAUAUCCACGGCGGGUCACGUGGUAAUCAUGGUGCCUCUUUGAAUUGGUACAAAAGCAUGUUCGGAGAAUUGUUGAGUUUCUACGGUCAUCGUUGGGUGGAUGACUACUUUGGAUGGUUUAGAGAAAAGACGGGAGUGACGGAUGAUCUGUUUUUUUCUGCAUGUGUACAGGUCUGUGUUUUUGGAUACUCGGUUGGGAUCCACUAUGUGUGUGCUUGGACUUUAAUAAUACCCCUGGCUGUUGUUGAAUGUUGAUUACAAUGAAACUUAUGAUGCUUUUGAUUUUUUGUGUAUGAUAUCGAGUCUUAAUUCAUAUUUUCCACUCUGGA